AUGGCAGCCAGUAUAAGUUUUGUUAUAUCUGUUCUGGAUGCAGAGGGAUGCCAGAUACACACACCUGUAGUGGAUUGUUAUAUACUUAAUGUUUUUAAGUGCACCUAUUUAAUCGAAAGAACUGAGGCUAACCUAGUGAAAGUGACAAACUUAUACCUGGGCUCUGCUUUUGGAGAAGGUGAUUUCGUUAGCAUCGAUGAGCGUCCAGAUGAUCCAAUAUUAUCCUUAACUGUCAUAAAAACUACUGGAACAAACGCACCAUUCGUCUAUACAGCACGAUACGGAUCACUGGAAUUACCCUAUUGGGGUACCCUCCAAUCCCAUAUUGGUUAUAAUCUGAUAGCCAUCAAUGUACUGACAUACAAAAAUAAUCCAUACAAAUAUUCUACGAAUGCUGCAAACAUUACCUCCUCUGUUGUGAGAAUUGUAAUCACUGACAGAAGAGGAAAUGACGUCAGAUUGUAUGAUCUACAGGAUCAGUUAACCACUACAAUGGACCUCAGUCAGGUCUUAUCUAGAACCACUGAAUGGAUAGACAUGACACACAACGGGGAUGACUGGAAGCUAGUGGCACAUACAAAUUUAUCGGUAGAGGCAAUGGUUGUCGACAUAAAGCUGAAAAGUCGGUAUGACUGUACUCUGUAUGGACUGUUUGGCUGGACGGGAUAUCCCUCAAGUGCCACCUAUAAUAUUAAGGUGGUCACCCGAGGUGACAACAAGAUUAUCAGCCAGAGUCCCUGGAAUCUACCUUUAUUCUACAAAGACAGAGAACUUCAAAUUACAAUUUAUAACACCGAGUUUAUUGAUGGAGGGUUUAUACCACCUUUAUUGAUGACUGUGAAGUGUCAAGGUUCAUGUAUUACCACACCUCUGGACUAA